AUGAGAAACCACAGCGCUGUCCGAGAGUUCGUUCUCCUUGGACUGUCCGCCGACCCCUACCUUCGGCCGCUCCUCUUUGCUCUCUUCCUUCUGGUCUACCUCCUCACUCUGGUGGGGAACGCCUUGAUGCUGCUUGUGAUCGCGGCCGAUUCCCACCUCCACACGCCCAUGUACUUCUUCUUGAGGCAACUGUCCUUCCUGGACCUGUGUCACUCAUCGGUCACGGCUCCCCAGAUGCUGGAGAACCUGCUUUCUGAAGACAAAACCAUCUGGGUUGAAAGCUGCCUGGCGCAGGCCUUCUUUGUGUUCGCCACCGGAGGCACUGAGGCCUGUCUCCUCGCGGCCAUGGCCUACGACCGCUACGUCGCCAUCAGCUCGCCUUUGCUCUACGGCCGGGUGAUGAGCCACCAGCUCUGCGUGGGGCUGGUGUGGCUCUCCUGGGGUCUGGCCUUUGGUGAUGCCCUCCUCAAUAUCCUCCUGGCUGCCAGUUUAGAUUUCUGUGAGGACCAAGCGAUUCCUCACUUCAGCUGUGAGCUGUCUUCUCUCUUCCCUCUGUCCUGCUCCGAUACCUCCACCAACUUCACACUCCUGCUCUGCUCCUCAGUUGUGCAUUUCUUUGGGACCCUCGUUAUGAUUGUUGGCUCCUACGCCCGCAUUGUCUCCACUGUCCUGAGGGUCAGCUCCACCACAGGCAGAAGCAAGGCCUUCUCCACCUGCUUAUCCCACCUCACGACUGUGAUCUUGUUCUAUGGCUCAGGUUUCAUCAGCUACCUUUUACCAGCUUCAGGGUCCCCCCUGGAAAUGGUCUUCUCUUUGCAAUACAGCCUGAUCACUCCCAUGCUGAACCCCCUCAUCUACAGCCUGAAGAACAAGGAGGUGAAGGCAGCUGUGGGAAGAAUGAUCAGAAAGCAUUUUUAACCUCUUAUGUAUCAGACACAACAUUAUAAUAAAUCAGACAUGGAACUGUGGUGCUUUGUGAUCAAAUGAUGGACUUGAAGGAGAGUUUUUGGUUGUUCAUAAUGGAAGGUGCCAUUGGGGACAUGCCUCUUGCCUUUUUGGAAAUAUUUGUGAAGAACCAGAGAACUCUCAGAAUGAUGAGCCGUAUUCAGAAAGGGAUAAAUGGGUCAGUGAACUUUCUUUUCCAGGAGCUCAUCUUACAGAAAUGUUUAUCUUUCAUAUCGGUAUAAAUAGCUAUUGCUUUUGGCAGCUCAAUACUCCUCCACAUUUUAAAAAAAUUACAUCCCAAAUUCUCAGGAAAUCUGACUAGUCAGAAUCAGAUGACCAUCACAGGGUUGGGGUGACCCUGUAGCCCAGCAGAGGUUGACAGCUCUGUCUUUUUCUCCUGA